AUGUUCUUUCCCCUAGAGUCUAUCCGCGAGAACGCCAGCGAGGAAUGGGGGGACAAUGAGGUUCAUCGCCACUAUAACAUGCCCAUGGUAGCCGUGCGAGCCAAGCCUCGUGUCCUGAUGCGCUGCAACGUGUCCCGCGACAGUGCUUCGCGUCUAAAUGUAAGGGUCAGUGUCGACAAGUGGAUCAACGCUGAAUAUUUCAUCUGGGAGAUGUCUGCAGGACUAGCUAACAGCGGCGUAAGCCCACAGUGGACGAAGUUCUUCGAAGAACGCCACAGGGAAAUGUGGGUGCAGAUCCAGAGCGAGUUCGAGGGCAUAGCCGAUCUGCCCGAGAGAUUCCUUCACGAGGUUCCGGUCCCGCCCUUCCAGGUAGCAGAGGUGAGAAUCAAGACUAACGAAUUCCUGUGUUAUUGGCGGAUUCGUGCGAAUACAGGCCGACACAUGACUGACACGAGCUACUGGCAUCUUUGGAAGUUGAUUCUCCAGCAGGACUCGCCCAUCGUUGGUCCCUUUGACGUUAUUCUCAAAGUGCCUUUCCACACUCCUGUCAGGGAGGAUCCUAUUGAGCCUUGGAAUAGGUCUCUAUCAAACCGUCCCCCUGGUGCUAUCAGCCGUGAGGAUGUUUCCAUUCUUGGCCCGGAGCACGCACGCAAUAAUAUCGCUCCAUUGGGGGAGUUCAUGCAUCUCCCUGAAGGGGCCCAGCAAGAUAUCAACCCUCCAGCUCGCCGCCGCCGAUCACGCUCUACCUCAGCUAUGAUGAACUUGCCGCAACGCCUACGAGAUCGUAUGUUUCUGAGAUAG